AUGAGUUUGCGCGCUUUGACUACAAAGGCGUCUGCCCGGUCUUUGAUGACUUUGGGCAUCCGUCAGGCCCCAACUGGUGUCCGUUACAUGUCUACUCCAGCCCCCCAAGAUCCAAAGGAGAAGGCUUCUUCUAUCUUGAGUGCUCUACCAGGCAACAGUGCGCUGUCCAAAACUGGUAUUUUGGCUACUUCCACUGCCGCUGCCAUCUACGCUAUUUCUAAUGAACUCUACGUGAUUAACGACGAAACCAUCUUGUUAGGUACUUUCACUGGGUUUGUGGCUAUCGCUGUCAAAUUCUUGGCCCCAGCUUACAAAGACUACGCUGACGCCAGAGUUAAGCAAGUUUCUGAAGUUUUGAACGCCUCCAGAGUCAAGCAUGUCGAUGCUGUCAAACAGAGAAUCGACUCCGUUUCUGAAUUGAAAACCGUGUCUGAAACCACUCAAGUUUUGUUUGAUGUUUCCAAGGAGACUGUUGAAUUGGAAGCUAAGGCUUUUGAAUUGAAGCAAAAGGUUGAUUUGGCUUCGGAAGCCAAGUCUGUUUUGGACUCGUGGGUCAGAUAUGAAGCCUCUGUCCGCCAGCUACAACAGCAGCAACUUGCUGAAACUGUCAUCAGCAAAGUUACUGCCGAACUCGGUAACCCUAAGUUCCAAGAUAAAGUUUUGCAACAAUCGGUUACGGACGUCGAGAAAUUGUUUGCCAGCUUGAAAUAA